UCAUUUUGUAUUUUGAAAAUAAAAUAAACUGAAAUUGGCGGCUUUAAUUUUCAACCGACAAACACAACUCGAUAUUUUCUGUUUUCCUUCAUUUUUCCUUAAAAAAAUUAUAUUUCUUCUAAAAAAAUCAUGAACAAAUUAAAGAAAAAAGCUCCAACUAGAGAUCAAUUGCCAGCUUUGUUAAGCGAAGUGCCUGAUCCAUAUCAAGAACGUGUAUUGGACAUGUCGAAAAAAAUGAUGUCGCAUCCAGCUUAUGGGCGUCCAUAUGAUUGGUCAACAGACGACUUUGAACUUGGAGCACCUCUGGGCCGAGGAAAAUUCGGUCGUGUAUACAUUGCCAGAGAGCGUCACAGCCAUUACAUGGUUGCAAUGAAAGUGAUGUUCAAAUCAGAACUCCAAAAAGGCGGCGUACAGCGACAAGUUUUACGAGAAAUUGAAAUUCAAUCGAGAUUAAAACAUCCACAUAUUUUGCGUUUGCUUACUUGGUUCCAUGACGAGUCAAAGAUUUAUUUGGCUCUGGAAAUCGCCUCAGAAGGUGAACUCUAUAAACAUCUUCGAAAUGCACCAGGUCAUCGUUUUGAUGAGUUCCGUUCGGCCAAGUACACUUACCAAGUUGCAGAUGCAUUAAACUAUUGCCACAUGAACAAUGUUAUUCACAGAGAUUUAAAACCAGAGAAUAUUCUUCUCACUUCUGAUGAUAAUGUUAAAUUAGCUGAUUUCGGAUGGUCAGCUCACACAAUGUCAAAUAAACGACGAACAAUGUGCGGAACACUUGAUUACCUUCCACCAGAGAUGGUUGAUGGUACAAGUUAUGAUGACUCUGUAGAUCAAUGGUGUCUGGGAAUUCUGUGUUAUGAAUUCUUGGUUGGGAAUCCACCAUUCGAAUCGAGCAACACUGAAUUGACAUAUGAAAAAAUUCGACGUCUUGAGAUUAAUUAUCCAAAGCAUAUGAGUUCGGGGGCUAAAGAUCUUAUAUCAAGACUUCUUCGGAAAAACUCAGCUCGCAUAACACUUGUUCAAGUAAUGACCCAUCCCUGGGUUAAGGAGAAUAUGCAGAAGCGUAACGCUUUGCUAGCUGGGAAGUAGUUUUAAAUAUUUUUAACUCAAUUAUUUUUAUAAUAUUUAUCCUUUGAAUGUUAGAACUAGAAACUGUUUCUUUUGUUUUUCAAUGUUUCAUUUUUAAUCUUCUAAAAAUUCAUUAAACAAUUUUAUAUUCAUUUUUAUCAAA